AUGCUCGUCGUAGUCGCUCCAGGAGUUUCAGUUGAUGUGGUCGUGGUGGUCGUCCCUGGAUUCCCCGUUGAGAUGAUCGUCGUGGUCGUUCCAGGAUUCCCCGUAGAAAUCCUCGUCGUAGUCUGUUCAGGACUCCUCGUUGAAGUCAUUGAGGAUAUGGUUCCAGGAGUCUCCGUUGGUAUGGUCGUUCCAGUAUUCCCCGUUAAAAUCCUCGGCACUUUGGUCACAGGAUUUUCCGUUGAUGUGGUCGUCGUCAAUAUUAGUUUGUCUGAGACUGGUAUUAUGUAA